AUGCCGUGUAUACAGAAAACGCUGCCAGUUCUUGCAGCACCAAUCACUGGGUUCAAUCGUGUUUUGAAUGCCCCAAGGGCUGUGGCAGGCGGCGAGAAACCGCCGGUCUUCCACGACAAUUGGUAUCAGAGCUUCUACAUUCUCGGGGCCAGCAUGUCUGCUCAGUCGGAACCAAUCGACAGCGGCAUUCGAUCGCCAUCUCCUCCUUGCCGAUGUCGGGUGUUGCACUCGCCAGCGCCGCGCCGUGGGCGCCAGCGCGGCGGCGAAGUCAUCAUCGAGCGCGUCAAGGAGACGGGCGGCUCGGUGCAGUAUCCGACACUCACUCGCACCAAUUACCAAGAUUGGUCGUUGUUGAUGCGCGUGAAUCUUCAAGCCCAAGGGCUGUGGCAGGCCGUCGAGCCGGAGGAGGGCGAGGUCGUUGAGUACCGUGAAGAUCGCCUAGCGCUGGCAGCGAUUUUGCGUGCCGUGCCGCCUGAGAUGCUCGGGUCGUUGGCACGCAAGCGCACGGCGCGUUCCGCCUGGGAGGCAGUGAAAACCGUGCGCGUCGGUGUGCAGCGCGUCCGCGAGGCCAACGCGCAGCAGCUGCUCAAGCAGUUCGGCGAGAUGUCGUUCAAGGAGGGCGAAUCAGUCGACGAAUUCUUGCUCCGGAUCGUCGACCUCGCCAACAACAUUCGAAUCCUCGGCCGCGACAUCACGGACGCUGAGAUCGUGAAGAAGAUGCUCCAGGUCGUCCCCGAGCACCUAGAGCAGAUCGUUGUCUCAAUUGAGACUCUCCUCGACGUCAAUGAGCUCUCGGUCGAGGAGGUCACAGGACGUCUGUGUGCCGUCGAGCAGAGGAAGAAAAAGCCAGUGUCGUCAACACCCACUGCCGACAAGCAGGGUCGUCUUCUUCUCACUGAAGAGGAGUGGCUCGAGCGGCUUAAAUUGCGCGACGGUCCGGCGGUGAGGGGAGCGGGUCCGGCAGCAGGCGCGGCAAGACUAGGCGAGGCCGUGGCGGUGGUGGUGGCGGCGCGCGCCACACCAGAAGAGGUCCGUCUUCAGGGCCGGCCCAGGAGCGACCAGCGGUGGCGGACAAGUGCAGGAAUUGUGGAAAGCCCGGGCACUGGGCCCGGGACUGCCGCAGUAGGCCCACGAAGUCCGAGCAGGCCCACAUUGUUGAUGGCAUCCGCUUCACUCUACUCCUCUUCCCCUCCGGCGGCGGUGCCUACCCACUCCUCCACACCGCCACGCUCUGCUGUCCAGAUCCACGAGGAGCGCGUGUUCGCGCAGCUCGGACCGUGCGAGGAUCGUGAUCACCGUCGGUGGGUGCUAGACACGGGCGCCACAAAUCAUAUGACUGGCGCACGGUCUGCCUUCUCCGAGCUCGACGGGGAGUCUACGGCUCGGUCCGGUUCGGCGAUGGAUCAGUGGUGGAGAUCAAGGGGCGUGGCACCAUCAUCUUCACGUGCAAGAAUGGCGAGCAUCCUGGACGAGGCAGGUAGCCGGGUGGAGAUCGACGUCGGGAUCCUCCGCAUCUUCGACCAGGAGCGCAGGCUUCUCGCGCGCGUGCGUCGCUCUCCGUCUCAGCUCUAUGUCCUUGAGCUGGACCUUGGGCGGCCGGUGUGCUUGUCCGUGCGCUGCACUGAGAAGGCCUGGCGCUGGCAUGGAAGAUACGGUCAUCUUAGCUUCAAGUCGCUGCACGCGCUCGCCCAAUAG